UGAUAUACACCUGAUAAAAAUUAUCUUCAGCUAGGCAUCCUUGAGGUCUGAUUACAGAAGUGACCCUAACCCACCCACACACCUAAAAUUUAUUUAAGAAAUCAACCGAGGCUCUUCCUGGCUUUUAGGAAGUAGACUGGUAUGGCUGUGUUCCUUGCUAGUUCUUCCAAGCCAUGGCGGUUCCCAGCAAGUUCUUUUUUUGGUUUGGCUGCUUUUCCUGGCUGUGUUUUCCUAUUAGCCUUGGUUCUCAGGCUUCUAGGGGAGAAGCUCAGAUUGCAGCCAGUGAUGAGUUGGAAUCUGAGGCCGAGCCUUGGUCCUUGCUGCAGCCUCUAAAUGAGAGAGACAGAUCUGGCCUCUUUUCCCCUCUCUUCAAGGUUCUGUGUGAGGGGCAAGGUGGGGCCCCUAGGCUGCAGCCAGACUCCAGAGCUUUGCGCUACAUGAAGAGGCUCUAUAAGGCAUAUGCUACCAAAGAGGGGAUCCCUAAAUCCAACAGAAGUCACCUCUACAACACUGUUCGGCUCUUCACCCCUUAUGUUCAGCACAAGCAGGCUUCUGUGGACCAGGUGACAGGAAUGGUGCCGAUGCUGUCAGUGGACCUGCUGUUUAACCUGGAUCCUGUUACUGCUGUUGAACACUUACUCAAGUCAGUCUUGCUGUACACUUUGAACAACUCAGCGUCUUUCCCCUCUGCUGCUAAAUGUGUGUGCCACCUGCUGCUGAAAGAGCCAGAGUCUAGUUCUAGCAAGACUCGCCCUAGGGCUCCACACUCCUUUACCUUUAAAUCACAGUUGGAAUUUAGAAGGAAAUACAACUGGGUUGAAGUUGAUGUGACCGCCCUGCUUCAACCUCUUGUGGCCUCCGGCAAGAGAAGUAUUCACAUGUCUGUGACUUUUACAUGCUUGAAAGACCAGCUGCAACACCCUUCAGCACGGGACAGUCCCUUUGACCUGGUACCCCCCUCACUGCUUUUGUAUCUGAAUGACACGAGUGCUCAGGCUCAUCACAGGUGGUAUUCCCUCCACUAUAGAAGAAGUGCCUCACAGGCUCGUGACCAGAGAGGUCUGUCUGCCUGUCCUAUGGGAGAAGAGGCUGCUAAAGGAGUAAGACCUUCCCAUCACCGUCACCGGAGAGGUCAGGACACUCUCAGCUCAGAAUUGAAGAAGCCUCUAGUUCCAGCUUCUUUCAACCUGAGUGAAUACUUCAGACAGUUCCUCUUUCCCCAGGAUGAGUGUGAGCUCCAUGACUUCAGGCUUCGUUUUAGUCAGCUGAAGUGGGACAACUGGAUUGUGGCCCCACACAGAUAUAACCCCCGAUACUGUAAAGGGGACUGUCCAAGGGCAGUUGGGCAUCGGUAUGGCUCUCCAGUACACACCAUGGUGCAGAACAUCAUCUAUGAGAAGCAGCUCGACUCCUCAGUGCCAAAACCGUCCUGUGUGCCUGCCAGAUACAGCCCUUUGAGUGUGUUGACUAUUGAGCCUGAUGGCUCAAUCGCUUAUAAAGAAUAUGAAGAUAUGAUAGCCACUAAGUGCACCUGUCGCUAACACAUGGUCCUCUAAACUAAAACCUUGAGCUUCUUUGGCACAGUGAAUGCCCUGUGUCUACCUGUGCCUUCAUGUGUCAAAUCUGUAAAUAUUAUGCAGUGUGUCUUGUAUAAGGAGGAGUUCUGUGUCAAUUGGCACAUUCUGUGACAUCUAUCAGUGUAAAGGGGUAACAUCUGCCUUUUUAUUUGCACAUGUAAACGAAUGUAAUUAUUUUGGAGAGCUUUCCAUUUUUUCCCCAAAGCAAUUUUUUUCUUUUUGUAAGUUGUUUUCAAUGUUAAAAACUUAAUUGUCAUUAAUCUUGGAUGGAAUUGCAGAUCUAAGCACACAAUUCAGAGUGUUGUAGUCUUAUUUAAUAGAAAAAUAAAUUCCUGUC